AUGCUCCAUGGGAAACAUUUCCUUUCUCCUGAGAGUUACUUACCCCGGACAAAGGAUGGAGAUGCCGACAGGAAGAUCUGGAAGUCAAUCCGUUUCCUCGUCUGUGCAACAGUGAAGAGCUGUGGGAAAAGCUUUGACCGCCAAUAUUCUCGAAAUGAGAAACACACGAGCCAACUUUCAACUCUCAUGUUCAACGGCCAUAUGGAAUGGAUCAGUGACCACUGA